CCCAUACGUCACUUCCUUUCCUGACGCAAGUGCCCGGCAAGACUGUCGCACGUUUUAUCUGUGGCCGCUCCACUGCAAAACUGGAUUUUAUAACAUCUCAGAGUGAACAGAUACACCACAGUACGAUUUAUUCAGGGGCAUAGAUUGACAGCUUCCUUCAGCAAUGUCUCGUUUCUUCGCCACCGGGUCUGACAGUGAGUCAGAGGAGUCCUCAUCCGCUGACGAGAUCACCCCUAAAGCACCCGGGACUACUUUCAAGCAGUCGUUGCUUCUCAGUGAUGAUGAGGAGGACACCAAAAGAGUGGUGCGCAGCGCCAAAGACAAAAGGUUUGAGGAGCUGACCAACCUCAUUAAGACGAUCCGCAAUGCUAUGAAAAUUCGCGACAUGGCCAAAUGUCUGGAGGAGUUUGAGCAGUUAUGUCGAGCCUUCCUAAAAAGCAAGAACAUAGUGGAUAAAGAGGGUGUUCCCUCUUUCUAUAUCCGACUUCUGGCUGACUUGGAGGAUUACCUGAACCAGCUUUGGGAGGAUAAAGAGGGAAAGAAGAAGAUGAACAAAAACAACGCAAAAGCUCUCAGCACGCUGCGCCAGAAAAUCCGCAAGUACAACAGAGAUUACGAAACAGAAAUUGCUGCGUACAAGGAGAACCCACUGGAGUCGGCUGAUGAAGAGGAGGAGAAGGAGCCGGAGGAUUCUGGAUCCUCUUCUGAAAGUGGUGGAGAAGGCGAUGAGGAUGGAGUGACGGCCAAGGCCUUCCUAAAGAAAAAGCCUGAGGCUGCUCCAGAAGCCAGCAAGUUCCUGAAGUCUGCCAAGGGAUCUGGGGAUGAGUCCUCUUCUAGUGAUGACGAUGACAAUGAUGAAGACUGGGGCUCAGACACUGUUGACAGUGGCAGUGAGAGUUCAGAUGAGGAAGGGGGAGGAAAGAGUGAAUCCCUGGCUGUGGUCUUCCUUAAGAAGACUCAGGAGACAGAGAAGUCCGAAAAGAAGAUUGGGAAGAAGAAGAAGCCCAAAAAGAAAGAGCGCCUGGAGGAGGAGGCAGAAGAGGAGAUGGGAGAUGAUCCUGAGGGAGGCUGGGAGAAGGUUAAGGGAGGUGUCCCUCUGGUUAAGGAGAAACCCAAGAUGUUUGCUAAAGGCACAGAGAUCAACACUGCAGUGGUGGUGAAGAAGCUGAAUGAGAUCCUGCAAGCAAGAGGCAAGAAGGGCACAGACAGAGCUGCCCAGAUUGAGCUCCUUCAUGCCCUGGCAGGCAUAUCUGCUGAGCAUAACUUGGGUCAAGGCAUCUUGGUCAAAAUUAAGUUUAACAUCAUUGCCUCCCUCUAUGACUACAACCCCAACUUGGCAGCCUUCAUGAAGCCCGACAUGUGGAAGAAGUGCCUGGAUUGUAUUGACGAGCUGCUGGACAUCCUCUUUGAGAACAACAACAUCUUCAUUGGGGAGAACAUUGCAGAGGACAGUGAGAAUCUGGGAAUCUCAGACCAGCCUUUCAGAGUGCGUGGAUGUGUGUUAACACUGGUAGAAAGAAUGGAUGAAGAGUUUGUCAAGAUCAUGCAGAACACUGAUCCUCACUCACAAGAGUACGUUGACAAUCUCAAAGAUGAGGGGCGAGUUUGUGGCAUCAUUGACCGGCUGCUCACCUACUUGGAGGCCAAAGGCAGCACAGAAGAGAUCUGCCGCAUCUACCUGCGCAGAAUCAUGCACACCUACUACAAGUUUGACUACAAAGCUCACAGACGCAGCCUCGGCCUCCAGGGAGAGUCCAAGUCUGAGCAGGACCAGGAGGAGAGCGAAGGGGAGGACAGUGCCGUGAUCAUGGACCGUCUCUGCAAGUUCAUCUAUGCCAAGGAUCGUACCGACCGUAUCCGUACCUGUGCUAUCCUCUGCCACAUCUACCACCACGCUCUGCAUUCACGCUGGUACCAGGCACGUGACCUGAUGCUGAUGAGCCACCUGCAGGACAACAUCCAACACGCUGACCCACCUGUACAGAUCCUGUACAACAGAACCAUGGUCCAGCUUGGCAUUUGCGCUUUUAGGCAGGGAAUGAUUAAAGACGCCCACAAUGCUUUGUUGGAUAUCCAGUCUUCUGGCCGUGCCAAGGAGCUCCUGGGACAAGGUUUGCUCAUGAGGAACAUGCAGGAGAGAAAUGCAGAGCAGGAGAAGAUUGAAAAGAGAAGACAAGUCCCAUUCCACAUGCACAUCAACCUGGAGCUGCUGGAGUGCGUGUACCUGGUGUCAGCCAUGCUGUUGGAAAUCCCCUACAUGGCUGCCCAUGAGUUUGACGCCCGCCGCAGGAUGAUCAGCAAGCAGUUCCAUCACCAGCUCAGAGUGGGGGAGAGACAGCCGCUGCUGGGACCCCCAGAGAGCAUGAGGGAGCACGUAGUGGCAGCCAGCAAGGCCAUGAAGAUGGGAGACUGGCGUACCUGCCAUUCAUUCAUCAUCAAUGAGAAGAUGAACAGUAAAGUGUGGGACCUGUUCCCUGAGACACAGAGAGUUCGCGAGAUGCUCGUCAGGAAGAUCCAAGAGGAGUCACUGAGGACUUACCUGUUCACGUACAGCAGUGUGUACGACUCUAUCAGCAUGCAGACACUGUCUGAGAUGUUUGAGCUGGAGAUCCCCACGGUACACAGCAUCAUCAGCAAGAUGAUCAUCAAUGAAGAGCUAAUGGCUUCACUCGACCAGCCCACACAGACGGUGGUGAUGCACCGCACAGAGCCCACCUCUCUGCAGAACAUGGCUCUGCAGCUGGCUGAGAAACUGGGCAGCUUGGUGGAGAACAACGAGCGCGUCUUCGACCUCAAACAGGGCGUCUAUGGAGGCUACUUCAACAGAGAUCAGAAAGGUGGCUACCAGCAGAAGCAGUCCUACCAGAGAGACCAGAAAGGCUCUUACCAGCAGAAGCAGGGUGGAUACCAGCGAGGCGGCUACAGGAAUCAGAACCAGAGCAACUACUGAGCUUUGAACGUGUGGAUUUCAGUUUUGCCACCUGAACUAGUCUUCAUUCCAUAACAACAUCAACAGCUUGAGUUUGUGCUUGGCACUUGGCUGCAUCCUGAUCUGCUUACCCAAACUGUUUCCAUCUGUCUGAAGCAGCUGAAAGACACAUUGUGUGAUUGCUCUUUUUUCCAGUACUACCAACUUCUACUGACAGAAAAUAGAACCGUUGCAGUGUGGCAGUACAGUCAGGCGUCAGUCCGACUUGUCAAGUAUUAUUGACUUAAAUUUAUCAAAUAAACAAUAAUGAAAUAAA